UUCAUCUAAUUUUGGUCAUGUGUUUGUCGGGUGUUUGAUGGAAAAAGUAGUUUGAGUAGCGUGGCACCCUGUUCAUCGUGGAGAAGGAGAGAAACGUCUCUGCGCGUCAAAAUAAUUAUUUUCCCUGAAAUGUUUUUAGCAUAAUUUCACAAAGAAAACCAUAAAGUUGCUUGUGACAAAAGUGUUUAUCGUUCUACGGACAAGAUGUCCUAUCAGUUGUAUCGGAAUACAACACUUGGGAAUACGCUGCAAGAGAGUUUGGAUGAAUUGAUUCAGUAUGGCCAAAUUACGCCCCAAUUGGCUCUAAAGGUGAUUCUGCAGUUCGAUAAAUCCAUCAAUGCAGCCCUCUCGAACCGCGUAAAGGCUCGUGUGACCUUCAAGGCGGCCAAACUCAACACUUACCGCUUUUGCGAUAACGUCUGGACGCUCAUGCUGAAUGACGUUGAAUUCCGGGAAGUGCAUGAGUUUGCCAAGGUGGACAAAGUGAAGAUUGUGGCGUGUGAUGGGAAGAGCGAAUCAUCGAGUCACCCUUAGCCGAUCAAAGCGGAAGCAUGGCUCAAUUAAUUCGUACUUCAGGACUUUCAUAAUGCGCGUUUUAAAUCAGAGACAUGGGAAAAGGGACAAAGCGAUAAUUUGGGUCACCUGAGCAGGUUCACAUUCCACUUUGGAAUCUUCUAAAAUUUGCACUUCUUCAUGUUAUCCUCACCUGCGUGGAUGUAUUGUGUUUAACGGGAUGCAGGUAAUACCAAAUUUCGCUAAAAGUUUUCACAUUAUGUAGUUCAAAAUGCUAUAAAUCUGUAGCAAUUUGAAUGAUAGGAUCCAAAAGUUUUCUCAAUUACACAAUCAAGAGGUUCCCAGUAUGGGGAGCCUUUGUAAUUGUGUAUUAUUUAUCAAAUAAGUUGUAUUGAAGCAAAAUGAAAUGAAAAUAUAAUAUAAAAUGUG